AUGAAAUGGUUGUUGGUUCUGCUGCUGAUCCUCCUGAAGGAAGCUGGCCCGACCGCAGCCUGCAGCAGCAGCUGUUCAUCAGUCUGUGACUGCAGCAACAGAGGCCUCACCAGUGUUCCUCAGGACCUGCCGACAACCAUCACUAGGCUGGACUUGGAGAAUAACGCAAUCACAACCUUAAGUCAGUCCGACUUCUCCAGGUACACCAGUCUGGAAAGAUUAUAUCUUCAGAACAACCAGAUCUGCACAAUCAACAGCGGAGCGUUCUACAACUUAGCAAGCCUUACUAUUUUGAAACUUCAAUAUAACCAGUUAACCAGGCUCCGAUCUGACAUGUUGGUAGGACUUGAUAACCUGGAGAGCAUUCACCUGCAUGGCAAUAACAUCCACAGUAUCGAGGCGGGAGCCUUCAAUGCCACACCUCAACUCAACUGGCUUAUAAUUGGUAGCAACGACAUCAGCACCAUCCCAGCUGGUACUUUUGUAAAUCUGCACCAGCUGGACUCGCUGGACCUUGGUGGUAACAAGAUAACCAGUCUCAGAUCUGACAUGUUUGUAGGACUGGAUAACUUGCAUUCUCUAUCACUAAUUCGCAGUAACAUCCACAGUAUCGAGGCAGGAGCCUUCAAUUCAACACCGCAACUCCGCACGCUUCAACUUCACUACAACAACAUCAGCACCAUCGCGGCUGGCACAUUUAUAAAUCUGCCUCAGCUGGAAACGCUCUACCUUUCUAGUAAUCGAAUGGAGACGCUACCAGCCAUGGCGUAUGACAAACUGACUUCUGUCUCAACAGUUGACAUUAGGAACAACCCCUGGCAGUGUGACUGCAGGAUGCUUCCCUUUAAGCUAAGAAUGAACGGGUCUUAUCCCUUUGAGAGCCAGAUCACAUGUGCUGGACCACCUAACCUUGCAUGGAAAAGCUUACUACAGGACGUCAAUCCUGACGAUCUGCGCUGUGAAGAGACAACAACUGAACCUACCACAGCCCACAACUGCAGCUGUUCAUCAUGGUGUGACUGCAGCUACAGAGGCCUCAGCAGUGUUCCUCAGGACCUGCCGACAACCAUCACUAGGCUUGGUUUGGAGGGCAAUAACAUCACAACCCUAAGUCAGUACGACUUCUCCAGGUACAGCAGACUGACAAGGUUAGAUCUUAAUUCAAAUCAGAUCUCCGUAAUCAACAUUGGGGCGUUCUCCAGCUUAGCCAGGUUAACAAGCCUGAACCUUCAUGAUAACAACGCUAACAAGUUUACAACUCUUCGAUCUGACAUGUUUGUAGGACUGGAUAACCUGCAUUCUCUAUCACUAAUUAUCAACAACAUCCGCAGUAUCGAACCCGGAACCUUCAACGCCACCCCGCAGCUCCGCACGCUUCAACUUCACUAUAACAACAUCAGCAGCAUCGCGGCUGGCACAUUUAUAAAUCUGCCUCAGCUGGAAACGCUCUUCCUAAAUGGUAAUCAAAUGGACACGCUACCAGCGAUGGCGUAUGACGUACUGGCCUCUGUCUCACGUGUUUUCAUUUACAGCAACCCCUGGCAGUGUGACUGCAGGAUGCUUCCCUUUAAGCAAAAGAUGAACGGGUCUUAUCCCUUUGAGAGCGAGAUCACCUGUGCCGGACCACCUAACCUUGCAUGGAAAAGUUUACUACGGGACGUCAAUCCGGACGAUUUGAUCUGUGAAGAGACCUACCCAACUAGCUACCCAACCAGCUACCCAACCAACUACCCAACCAACUACCCAACCAACUACCCAGCUAACUACCCAACCAACUACCCAACUAUCUACCCAACCAACUACCCAACCAACAAACCAAGCACCUACCCAACCAACUACCCAACCAACUACCCAACCAACUACCCAGCUAACUACCCAACUAGCUACCCAACCAACUACCCAACCAACUACCCAACCAACUACCCAACCAACUACCCAACUAGCUACCCAACCAACUACCCAACUAGCUACCCAACCAACGACCCAACUAGCUACCCAAUCAACUACCCAACUAGCUACCAAACAAACUACCCAACUAGCUACCCAACCAACUACCCAACUAGCUACUCAACCAACUACCCUGCCAACUACCCAACCAACUACCCAACUAGCUACCCAACCAACUACCCAACCAGCUACCCAACCAACUACCCUGCCAACUACCCAACCAACUACCCAACCAACCUCCCAACCAACUACCCAGCCAACUACCCAACCAAGUACCCAACCAACUACCCAACCAACUACCCAACCAACAAACCAACCACCUAUCCAACCAACAAACCAACCAACUACCCGACCAACUACCCAACCAACUACCCAACCAACUACCCAAACAACUACCCAACCAACUACCCAAGUGGCCCAACCAACUACCCAACCAACUACCCAACCAGCUACCAAAGCAAUAACCCGACCGACCAUCCAGCCAACUACCCAACCAACUACCCCCUGUUUGUUGUGAUUUGGUGCAAGAAGCGAAGAGCCAAAACGAGCCCUGCCCCUGUACCGGACCCCAGUGAUGUUUCGAGCAACCCAAACGGCGCCGCUACCGGCCCGACCGGCGGCCGGCAUCACACAGGGCAGGGCGCCUCACCGUCACGGGCAGCACAUUCUGAUGACGGAGAGAGUCGACCAGGAACAUCAGGGACGGUCCCGCCUCCGCGCGGCCUGGAUAAGAGUUACGCGGUUCUGCGGGCUCCACUCCCGCCUAUAAAGACAGCGGGACCACGAGGUGAUGUCCGGAACGUGCCAGAAGCUGCACAUGGUGACGCUGCUGCGGACAUCUCCGUCCCUCUCAGCAGGCAUUUCAUCUAUCAGCAAACCUGCCCGUCUGGUCUGCCCAAAGGUCUGCCUGGUCUGUAG